CCCACGCGCCACCGCUCAAUUGCCUAAACAUUACGCAGAAGUCGCGCCUUUUUUCGCUACAAUAUAGAUACGAGUGAAGAAAGUAGAUAGACAGAAAUUGAACCCCCUGUUGAAUUUUCAGAUUAAGGUGCCGAUCUAUGGAGGUCGACGGGAGAGAUCGGAGACCUGAUGCUCUUGGAGAUCUCUACGUUCUUUCCGAUGAAAUCGUUUGUUCAAUACUGACUUUGCUUUCACCUCGUGAUGUCGCUCGUCUUGCUUGUGCUAGCAGUGUGAUGUAUAUCUUAUGCAAUGAAGAACCUUUGUGGAUGAACUUAUGCCUUGAUAAAGAAAAUCUUCAGCUUCAGUAUAAAGGAUCCUGGAAGAAAACGACACUGCAUGGACUUCAAGUUCUGAGUAAAUGUGAUGACCCCUGCAAAAAACCACUACACUUUGAUGGAUUUAACUCUUUAUUCCUGUAUAAGCGAUUAUAUCGUUGCUAUACCCAAUUGGAUGGGUUUGCUUUUGAUCAUGGAAAUGUUGAAAGAAAGACAGGCCUUUCACUGGAAGAGUUCCUUCAGCACUAUGAUGCACAUAAACCUGUUCUAGUGUCGGGAUUGGCUGAUACUUGGCCAGCAAGGAAGGCCUGGACUCCGGAACAGCUGUUAGUCAAAUAUGGAGAUACAUCUUUCAGAAUCUCUCAAAGGAGUGCUAAGAAAGUAUCCAUGAAGUUUAAGGAUUACGUCUCCUACAUGCAAGUACAACAUGAUGAAGAUCCCCUCUACAUCUUUGAUGACAAGUUUGGGGAAGUUGCACCAGAUUUACUAGAAGAUUACAGUGUGCCUCAUCUAUUCCCAGAUGACUACUUUGAUGUACUAGAUAAUGAUCAGCGACCGCCUUAUAGAUGGCUCAUUAUUGGACCAGAGAGGUCUGGCGCAUCUUGGCAUGUUGAUCCAGCUCUUACCAGUGCCUGGAAUACUCUUCUGAGUGGCCGCAAAAGAUGGGCACUGUACCCUCCUGGAAGAGUACCUUUGGGUGUGACGGUGCAUGUAAAUGAUGAAGAUGGUGAUGUUGACAUUGAAACACCAUCAUCAUUGCAGUGGUGGUUGGAUUUCUACCCGCUUCUUGCUGAUGAAGAUAAGCCAAUAGAAUGCACGCAGCUACCUGGCGAGACUAUUUAUGUCCCAACUGGAUGGUGGCACUGUGUUCUGAACCUGGAGACGACUAUUGCUGUAACUCAGAAUUAUGUGAACUCAAAAAAUUUUGAAUUUGUAUGUCUGGAUCUGGCUCCUGGUUAUCAACAUAAAGGGGUUUGCCGUGCUGGAUUGCUUGCUCUUAGUGAAGGCACUUUAGAUGAGGAGAACUUAUGCAUGAAUGACAAUUUGAGCUGCUCAGAACUGACAAGAAAGGAGGAGAGAGUCAAAAUUGAUGAACACAUGGAGGACUCAAACUGUGAAAUUACUACAAAUGGGGGUUCUGAAAGUCUUGUAAAGUCUGAUAUAGAGUUCUCUUAUGACAUAAAUUUUUUGACCAUGUUUUUGGACAAAGACAGAGACCAUUACAACUCCUUAUGGAGCACAAGUAAUUGUAUUGGACAGAGAGAGUUGAGAGAUUGGUUAUGGAAGCUUUGGAUUGGGAAACCUGGACUAAGAGACCUAAUAUGGAAGGGAGCUUGUAUUGCAUUAAAUGCCAGUAAAUGGUCCAAGUGCAUGGAAGAACUAUGUGCCUUUCACAACAUUUCUUUGCCUGCAGAUGAGGAGAAGUUUCCGGUCGGCACGGGUAGCAAUCCUGUUUAUCUUGUUGCUGAUAAUGUGGUCAAAAUUUUUGUGGAGGAUGGGUUAGAAGCUAGUCUUCAUGCAUUAGGAACAGAGCUUCAGUUCUACAGUCUAAUGCAGAGGUCAGAUUGUACCUUGAAAAACCAUGUUCCUAAUAUUUUGGCAAGUGGGAUAGUUUUUCUUGAGGAAGGAUCAUACAAAGUUGUGACUUGGGAUGGAAAAGGUGUACCUGAUGUAAUUGCGAAGCAUAGUUUGGUUGAAACUUUUGCGGAUACUGAGUACCCAUUUGGCAUCUGGAGCAAAAAGCAAUUUGAGUACAAGAAAGCUGGUAUGUCAUUAGAGGAAUUGGUUGGUUGUGGUGGAGGCACAAGUAUUUGGCCUUACAUUGUAACGAAAAGAUGCAAAGGGAAAAUAUUUGCCGAUUUAAGGGAUGCACUCUCACGGGAGGAGGUUUCAAAUCUAGCUUCGUUUUUAGGGAAGCAGUUGCAUGAGCUCCAUGUUUUGCCUGUUCCUCCUCUGAAUGAUUUGUCAUAUCUGCACAUGAAUACGAAACUGGAGAAUGGCAUAAUGGAGAAUAUCUAUGACAAAAUCAAUCUCCCAGCAGCAUCAGAGGUUAUUUUCAGAAUCCUAAAUAGGAAAAAGAAGGAUGUAUCAAGUCGGUUGGCUAAGUGGGGUCAUCCAAUUCCAAGCAGGCUGAUUGAGAAAGUUGAUGAAUACCUCCCGAAUGACUUUGUAGAGUUGCAUAGUCUGUUGAAGAAUUGUUGGUGUUGGGUACACACAGAUAUAAUGGAUGACAAUAUCCACUUGGAGCAUGUGGCAUCAUCAUCAUCAUCAUCAUCAUCAUCAUCAUCAUCAUCAUGGGUUCCUAGCUAUAUAUAUGAUUUCAGCAACAUGUCUCUAGGUGAUCCAAUAAUGGAUUUGAUCCCGAUCCAUUUGGACAUAUUUCGUGGAGAUUUGCAGCUGAUGAAGCAACUUAUGGAAAGCUAUGGAGUUCCAUUUGGGAAAAGAAGUUCAGAUGAAAAUGGGAAGAGGAGGCGAAUAUCAUAUCUAACCAUGUGUUAUUGUAUCAUACACGAGGACAAUAUAUUGGGUGCCAUCUUCGGUACGUGGAAAGAAUUAAGGGUCGCCAACUCAUGGGAGGAUGUUGAGGAAGCUGUGUGGGGCCAUCUCAAUAACUAUUUUUAGUACACACCACACCACACCAUUCUUAUGAUUUCUCAAUAACUUGUUACGUCAUUACAAAUCAUAGCUUACCAUCACAUAAUAAUUUGUAUUUGUAGCAUUGCCAAAUAUGGAAAUUCCUUCUAACUUUUGUUUAUUGCUAUAUUCUUAGGCCCCUUUGAUUUGACACGAUGCUUUUUAAGAGAUUUCGUAAUUUACAACUAAA